GUGAGAACGUUCAACUGAAGGAGGAGGAAUAAUCCAGUGUAGCUAGAACAUAGCUCCAACAGGCCUAAGUAAACUUUAGGUUCCUGAAGUUUGAAAUAUUACAUUUCAAUCCUCGCCGGACAUAUUUCCAUCAUUUUCAGGUUCAAUGGCUAACGGAACAUCCCAAGCCGUCAUUCCAAAGCUCACCAAGGACAAUUAUGAUAAUUGGUCCAUCCAAAUGAGAGCACUGCUAGGUGCUCAAGAUGUUAUGGAGGUGGUAGAAGAAGGUUAUGAUGAACCUGCCUCAAAAGAAGCUGAAACAGCUUUAAAGGAGGAACAGAAGACUACGCUCCGUGCUGAGCGAAAGAAGGAUUGCAAAGCUAGGUUCAUCAUCUACCGAGGACUUGGUGAAGCCACGUUCGAGAUCAUCGCUUCCGCAAAACUUCCAAAGAAAUUUGGGAGAUGCUACAGAAAACCUACAGAGGUGCUGACAAAGUAA